GAAUUCCUCAAAGCCUUCUUGAAUUCUGUCAGUUCGAUUGACCGGUGAAGGUGAAUCUCUUGUCACUCACAGAAAGUCGGGCAGGUAUUACAUUGGAAAAAGUUUGAGGAAGUUGUCAUUUGCCAUCUUGUUCGGUGUCUGCCGCCGGCAGGGUCUCGUUCCGUUGGAAUAUGAUUUGUCCGCGUUACUCUACCUGUUGACAACCACCAUCAUCAUGACUCUCUCCUUGUUCGACAUUCGCAAACAGCUUACCUUCUACGGUUCCUACCAUACCAAUCCAAUCAACAUCCUCGUUCAUAUAUUCGGGGUCCCAGCUAUUCUGUGGAGUUCACUGUUGUUGGCUACUCGCAUCCAAACUCCCACAUUCUUGCCAGUAUUUCGUUAUACGUUCAAUGAGUACCUAUCAUUCGAUUUAAACACGUCCGCGGUGGUCGCUGCCGUAUAUCUUGGAUACUACGUCAUCCUUGAACCGUUUGCUGCGUUGUUGUACGCGCCGCAAAUAGUAUUGUUAUUGCUGACAGCAACAGCUCACGCGCACCAUCCUGAUGGCAUUCGAGACGCGAUUAUUGUUCAAGUCAUUUCAUGGAUUGCACAAUUCCUUGGACAUGGACUUGCUGAAGGUCGUGCUCCAGCCCUUCUAGACAACAUUGUUGGUGCCCUUGUACUCGCUCCGUUCUUUGUGCACUUGGAAUUGAUGUUCAUGCUUGGAUAUCGUCCCGCCCUACACAAGCAGCUGCAAAACGAUAUAGGCAUUGAGAUCGCCAAGAUGAGAAAGGCACAAGGCGAUAAGAGACGCCUUGCAGAAAAGAAGGCCAGUUAAUGUGAUCGAUGACGGGAUCCUAGUCGCAUAUCUAUCAUCUCAGACUUUCCGUAUUUGUUUAUUCUCCUGCUUUGCCAGACCUCAUCGGUUCUUUUAUUCCUGGCCUGUGGAGGUUUUGGGCUGUUUAUAGUUCACCAUCGUCUUGUAUCAUAUCAACUUGGGUUAUUUUCAUCUCUACCAUUAAUAAUGGACCCGGUUUCUACUGUCAGGUUGUAUGUUUAUCACAGUUGAUUCACCUUCAAAUGAGACUGGCGGGAGGCUGGAGGGUUGGUUCUCCGACAGGGGUAACAUAGCACGAGGUAAGGCCUCCGUCGACCUUGAAAUCUGUGCC